UCUGGUAACACUGGGGUCCCGGCAUUUUUAGCGGAAAGCGCGUGAAUUUCUGUUUUGUUAUAAUUAAUUGAAUUAAUGCCAAAUAGCAGAUAGCCAGGAAUUUCAGAGAGCAGCUAUGCCCGACAGCCCGUUUCCAAUGAGCAAUCGCAGUGGCCUGCUGCGCACCACACUUAAUAGUUCUGUGGCACCGCAGAACCUGUCUCAUUCACUGCUCCUCCUCGAGCAUAGCAACGCGACUGCCAUGGAGGAUCGGUCAUUGAUCGAGGAUGCCGGCGACGAUAUGGAUCGCGGCAAGAGCCGUGUGGAUGUCCUAUUCCCACAGUUUUUUGAGGUGCUACAGACACAUAGCGGCGGAGCAGAUGCAUUCGAAGUGAUUCAGGCUCUCACCCACAUCUGUCGCGGUGUAGUGGAACAGCUGGAGCUGGAGAUUGAGCGCGGUGUGGGUGGAUCACAGGGUGCUCGACAGCGAGAAGCCAUCCUUGGUUGGUUACGCCAAGAGAUCUACACGUGGCGCCUAGUGCACGCCCUCUUCUACGACCGCAUCUUGCUGCAGACUGAUACACAGGCGGAUGAGGCGAUGCAUGAUGGUCCGACACUCGGGGGCAGCGAGAAGGAGGUUAUACAACAGCUUUACACUAUCAAUGCUACCCUUCGUGAGUAUCAGCUUGUGGUAGACUGGUUAGAAGCCUGCUACGAUCCAGGGGAGCAACAGAACCCACUUCACUGCCAUGACCGCAUGAUGGCUUGGGAGAACACGCUUUUCCAGUUGGAGAACCUGCAGGGCGCCGCCUUUGGUAAAGGUCACGAAAUUGUGGCGCACCUGGACCCGGAUGCGUCCGUACGCGAGAAACGCCCGCUGCACGCCCUAGACGAGGAGGACAAUCUGCGUCUUUCCCGCGCCGUUUUUGCGGCCAUUCGCUCUGGACGCGUAGAUGACGGCCUAAAGCUGUGCAAACACUAUGGUCAAACCUGGCGAGCCGCAAUCCUUGAAGGUUGGCGUCUCCACGAAGAUCCUAACUUCGAGCAAAGCGUUGCGGGAGUCCACGAAAAGCUGCCCAUCGAAGGAAAUCCCAGGAGGGACAUCUGGAAACGCUGCGCCUGGAUGUUGGCAGAUUCCAAGAACUACGACGAGUAUAGCCGGGCAACAGCAGGUGUCUUCUCUGGGCACUUGAGCUCUCUGAAGUCCCUCCUGCACAGCAACUGGCAUGAUUUACUGUGGGCUCAUUUGAAGGUCCAGAUUGACAUCCGUGUGGAGUCGGAGAUACGCGGCUGCUGUCUAAAACGUUAUCAACCGAUGCCCGAUGACUACUGGAAUGGAAAAAUGACCAUGGAACAGAUAUUCGAGGAACUAAACGUGGCUAAGGAUGCAUCGGUGCGGGACUUUGCUCAGGGACAAUUGGGUAUUAUCCAGCGGCAUUUAAUCUUGGAUACUUGCGGCGAGCUGCUUCAGCACAUGGCCCGCUGGGUAGAGAAAGAUGCCGGACAACUAUCGCCUCAUCAACUGCGCUUUAUGGCCCAUAUCGUCCUUUUUCUGCGUCAAAUCGGACGCGUAGAGCAAGAACGGCAGGCGGAGAAGAUCAUUGCUGCCUAUGUAGAGGUCUUGAUUGCGAGGGCCGAACCGCAACUGAUAGCCUACUAUGCAGCAGCUCUCUCAAAUCCUCUGCAGGUUAAACUGUACUCCAGUUAUUUAGAACAGGUUGAGCAAAAGCGUCAGCGGGAGUUGGCUCUGGAUGCCGCUUUGAAAGCAGGUUUGGAUGUGGAACAGAUCACUAGAAUCACGGUGGAAAACAUUUGGCUCGCGAAUCAUCCACCUGGGGAAUUCGGGGAGCCGCCUGCGGGCCAAAUCUCUGUGCCAGAUCAGCGCAAGAUCUCAGCCCUAGAGUGGCUUAUCCAACUGCCGGAGCAGCGCGGUGAGUUGCUGUGGCAGGCCAACGCCAUGAUACGCACCUAUCUGGCCAGUAGCAAGAUGGAAUGCGUGCGCCAAACCUUUCGCAUGGUGCCUGGCGACAUUGUACAGCAAAUCAUAAACUUAUACUGCUCUGUGGAUAACAUCCCGCCGCGCGAGGAGUGCUGUGUGAAGGAGUAUCUAUGCUACAAAGUGUAUCUAUCUGGAGUGGACAGUUUUGUGGAAUGGAGCCGUUUGCAUCAAAACAGGCCUAAAAAACCACAGGCUGGAGGUUCUUCUCAGGACAACUUCACGGAGCGCAUGGCCAUUGAGCGCAAGGAGCAAGCCCAUCGAUCCGAAGUCCAGCGCUGGGAGCAUAAAGUUAAAGAACAGGCCAAACAAACCAUUGAUACUCUGUACAAUGUGCUAAUGUUCCCGGAUAAGGGAUGGCUUGUGGAUCCAUUCAUCGAAAAGCAGCCUGAGAACGCCGUUCAGCUGAACUGGAAUCACCGCCUGCUGCAAAUGGAGAAGCUACGCUCCAUCUGUCUGCCUGAGAUCGCCCUGUGUCUGAACGAAGUCAUGUUUAAGUCCGGAGACUUUGCGGGAUGUGUGCGUCUAGCGGAUGAAAUCUCCAGCGAAAACCGGCAGCUGUACAAGGUCUACACGAAGCACAAACUGGCUGAACUGCUGGCCAAAAUUGCCGACGCCUCGCUGGAGCUGCUCAACUCGAAACUGGAUCCAUGGGGUUACCCCAUCACAGUGUAGGAUGUGUUCCCAGUACAAUACGUGUGUUUUGCAAAUACAUUCUAACUUUAAACGUU